CUCUCUCUCUCUCUUUCUUUUUCUUACACUGUUCUUUCUGCUUCUUGUUGUUGGUGGUGUUGUCUGAAUCAGUUGUUACUCCACUUCGAUCAGGAUCGAAGAAGGCGAGAGAAAUUGGUGAAGAAGAGAUAUUUUCUAGAGUUGGUUUUCUUUUUUUGUUGGGUUUAAUUAUCGUUACGGCGGAGCUGGUGGUGGUGAAGUCCGACGGCGAGGGGCUGGAGAAAACCCUAGCGGUCGGAACCCGGCGGGAGGAGGAGCUCCUUCCGGUUUGCGAGUGGGCGAGUUGAGGCGACUAGUUUGCGAGUGCUUUUAGGGUUUGUUGAGGUUCAUCUAUGCAUGGAGGGCAGGGAAGGAGCCGUACCUUCUCCGGCGGCGGUCGAGGGGUCCGGAAGCUACCGGCCUCCGUCCUCGCCUCUGACGGCAGGGUUGGUGAGGGAGGAGAAGCCUGCUAGCGAGAUCGGCGGGAUGGCGCCAGCGGCGGUUGCUGCUUCUGCUUCACCGGCGGUGGUGGCGGCACCACCGGUGGCUGCGCCGGCGGGAGUGGUGGUCGGGCCGGCCGCGGCCGUGCCGGAGGCGGCGGCGGCGGUUGUCGGGUUGGUGGCGGCGGAGCCGAUGAAGAAGAAGAGGGGGCGGCCGAGGAAGUACGGGCCGGACGGGAGCCUGCUGCGGCCGCUGAACCCGAUGCCGAUCUCGGCGUCCGUGCCGGCCGGCGUCCAGUACACGUCGGCGGCCGCGGUGGGGGCGGCGAUGAAACGGGGUAGAGGGCGGCCAGUGGGUUUGGUGAGCAAGACACUGCAGUACGGACUCGAGUCGGAGCCUUUAGGAGAGAUGGUAGCUUGCUCUGCUGGUGCGAAUUUCACACCUCAUGUCAUUAAUGUUGCUGCUGGCGAGGAUGUUACUAUGAAAAUUAUAUCAUUUUCACAACAAGGGCCUCGAGCUAUUUGUAUUUUAUCUGCUAAUGGUGUUAUUUCUAAUGUUACACUACGUCAACCUGAUUCAAGUGGUGGUACUUUGACUUAUGAGGGCCGUUUUGAACUGCUCUCUUUAUCUGGAUCUUUUAUGCCAACUGAAAAUGGAGGAACAAGAAGCCGAUCAGGUGGCCUGAGUGUUUCUUUGGCAAGUCCAGAUGGCCGAGUUGUCGGUGGAGGAGUUGCUGGUCUUUUGGUUGCUGCUAGUCCUGUGCAGGUUGUGGUGGGAAGUUUCUUGCCAAGCUUUCAGAUGGAGCAGAAAAUAAAGAAGCCAAGAAUAGAAACUGGUUCAGCAUCUACGCCGGCAUCUGCUGCAAUGCCACAUUCAACCACGGAUAUGGAGGAAGCUUUUGGUGGCGGGCAAGGACUGAGCAGUUCAGUAACGGGGAAGCCAAAUCCUUCCACUACAUCGUCGUUCAAGGUGGAAAAUUGGGCUCCUUCCCUACACCCCGUGCCUGGCUCUAGUAACUCCACCACGGAUAUCAACAUAGGUUUGCCAGGAGGGUGAAGCCACACAACAUUCUUUCCUCUCUGACCUGGGUGUCAUUUUGUGAGGUAUCUCCACUGAUCAGAUCUCUAGUCAUCCACAUUGUUAGAGCAUCCUCCACGUGAUUGCAAGCUUCAGCUUCUAACGUUUGUAUUCUUAGCAUGCAUUUACUCUUGUUAUGAAUGGACUUAGAUGGUUGGAUACAUGGGUUUGGUAGGGUUCGUAACUUUAGAUUUUGCUGUCUAGCUGAUGUGUUAACGCUGUAACACCUGCUUUACGGUCAUCAAUUGCUACUGUCAGUUAAUUCUAUUAGCAGAGUGGAUGCUUGGUUUCGCA